AUGCUCGCCCCUCGAAACUACCUCCCUCGCCCGCUCCGUUUCGUCCUCGUCCUAGCCCUUAUCUACGCAUUCUGCUGGGUUAAAGGAUGGCCGCGAUACUACGAUGACGAAGAGCUGCCCGCCAGCCAGCGACCGUAUUCUCAGACGUCCGCCGGGCCACAUACGGUGUGCCAUGACCAGUUGGUCGUGUCCGUCCUGACCACGGCGGCCGACGCCUACGCGAAAGUCUCGCCUUUGCUGGCGUUCACAAACGAGGAGGACCGAGAUCCUCUGCUUUUAUUCAGCGACCUAUACACGGAGAUUGGCGUCUGGCCGGUAUUUGAUGUGCUCUGGCGCUUCCCGCAGAAUUUUAUACGGGAGACGGCGGAGUUGGGGAGAUAUAGGGCACAGGUGGAUUAUUCAAGAAGGAGCAUACCAAUCGCCAAGCUCAGGAAGCAGGAUCCGGUUGAAGAAGAGAGGAUAUUAGCGACGUUGUACAAGUACAAGAUCCUGCAGACCAUGGCUGCUGCGUGGGAGUACAGGCCGGAUCGGUCCUGGUAUGCUUUCGUGGAUGAUGAAACGUAUAUCAACAGGGCGAAUAUGCUCGACUGGCUCAGCCAGUAUGAUUCCAAGUCAAAGCACUUCUUUGGCAACCCGCCCACACCUAGCGUGCCGAAUGCCUUUGCCGCUGGGGGCACUUCUUUCGUACUAUCGCACGAGGUUAUGAAAGAGCUCUUCAAGGCCCGCAACGACACUAUCAAGAGCUGGCAGUCGAAGAUUGUGGACCAUACCUCGGCACUCGAUCUGGUUCUCAAUGUAUUGCAGACAGAUCUUAAGCUCGAUAUAGAGGCCUCAUGGCCGGGCAUCUCGGGUUUCGAUCCUAGCACUAUCCCCUUUUCGCCUGCGUUGUGGUGCGUACCAGUGCUCAUGAUGCACCAUGUACCCCCAGAGAUAGGGAGCAACCUCUGGAAGCUCGAGAACGACCGCACAAAGGACCAUCUAAUGUACAGUCCCAUCCGUUUUGCUGAUUUAUGGACACGCUUCAUGACACCAGAAAACCUCAACGAUACGCGAAACGACUGGGACAACUUGUCAUCCGAAUCAUCAAACUCGCGCUGGAAUAUCUUGUUCGAGGGCCCCGAGCACGACAAUAGCCGAGCAAAGAGCGGGGAGGAGUCACCAGAGGCAUGUGAGGAGGCCUGCCGCACGAGCACGUACUGCAUGCAGUGGUCUUACUCGUCCAUCCCGCAGAAGAAUUGGAACGAGAACCCGCAGACAAAGUGCCAUCUCAGCAGCAGCGUGCGAUUCGGAGCACACACCGAAUCGCAAGAGCGGAACUUCAACGGAGAGAAGACGGUACUAUCGUGGAAGAGCGGGUGGAGGAAAUCCAAGUUCACAGCCUGGGCAAAUCAGCAACGGUGCAAAGCCCAACAUCAAUGA